UGCUAACAAUGGACCUGCCACUCACCCUCGACGACCACACCCCAUUCCCCCACCAGGUUGCAGGCCACCCCGGUGUCAUGUCGGACUCCUCCGGCAGUCUCGUCAUCAAGCCCGCCCUCCCUCGCGAAAUCGCUUUUUAUCAGCUGCUCUCCAACUCGGAUCCGGAGGAUAUAGUGUGGCCGCUGAGGAAGUUUGUACCGAAGAAUUAUGGGACGCUGAGGCUGGAAGGGAGGGUAGGAGCUGGGGGUGGGGUUGAGACAGAUUUAGAUGUGAAGGAUGAGAUGCCAGAGAGCGUGGUACUGGAGAACCUGGCUUAUGCGUACACCCAUCCGAACAUUAUGGACGUUAAACUCGGUACUGUGCUGUACGCUCCCGACGCUACAGACGAAAAGAGACGACGGAUGGAACGACAGGCGAGGGAGACGACCACGUAUGAGACGGGGAUACGCUUAACAGGCUGCCAGACAUGGCACGCCCCUACACAAAGCUACAUCUCUACACCCAAAUCAUUCGGCAAAUCCAUCACACCUCCCCAACUCUCUCUGGGCAUGGUCCGUUUCUUCCCUCUCCCAACUGACUGUAUCCCUUCCCUCGUCACUCUUCCCUCCCCGCCACCUACAGCUGAGGCCGUUUCGGCGAGCCAUUUUCCAAUACCGGCCGAGAAUUCUUGUGCUUCCGUUAUCCAAUCUUCCACUUCCAUUUCCAUUCCCCCUUCUACUCCCAUCGCCCCCGCCGCCCCCGCCGCCCCCGCCGCCCCCACCUCCACCAACCCCGAAAAAUCACCAACGUACGAAAACCAUUCCAUCCCCGCUCCCACCCUCGCUCGCCUCUUAACCCUCCUCCUCCAAAAGCUCGACCACCUCACAGCCGUGCUUUCCACCCUUGAAAUGCGGUUUGUAGGUGCUUCGCUGUUGGUGGUGUAUGAAGGUGAUCCGGCAAGGCUCGAGGCGGCGCUGGAUAGGGAGGAAGCUAACGCGCAGGGAGAGAGUGGAGAGAGGGAGAAGAGAAAUGGGGAGAGGUCAAUGUUUAGUGAUGAUGGGUCGAUCGACUUUUCAGAUUCGGACGAGGACUCGGACGAGGAUGGAGAAGGAUAUGACUCGGAAGACGAGUUGGAUGGAAAGAAGAAGGACGAAAGGCGAGCGAGAAAAUGCCCGGCGCUAACACUUAAAAUGAUCGAUUUCGCACAUACCUGGUUAGCACAGGGGGAAGGACCGGAUGAAGGGGUGUUGAAAGGGUUGAAGACGUUUAGGAGUUUGGUGGAAGAGCGGUUGGAAGAGGUUGAACGGGGUUGUGUUUGAACAGGACUCGUGUCGCAGGCAAAUUCGUAGUCAAUUGUAACAAAAAAAAAGAUGUAUCCUACCAU